AUGAACCAUACAGAAAAAGUUGGUAGAAGCACCUGCACCACAGUGAUUGUGUUCAUUCUCCUGGGCCUCUUCAGACAUCCUGAGCUGCAGAUCUUGUUUUUCUUUAUGUUUCUACUGAUUUAUACUAUUACUAUCAUAAGGAACAGCCUUAUCAUCAUUGUCAUCAUUUAUAGACCCAAGUACUUUUUUCUCAGGGUCCACUCCUUCAUGCUAUGUACUACUUCAGUCAUUGUACGCAAGAUGUUAGUGAAUUUUCUGUCACAGGACAAGAGCAUUUCUUACACAGGCUGUGCUGCCCAGCUGUACUUCCUGAUUUUUCUAGCAGCUCCUGAGUCCUAUCUAUUUGUUGCCAUGGCCUACAACCAUUAUUACAUGGCCAUUUGCAAACCCCUGAGAUAUACAAUUAUAAAGAACAGAAGGGUUUCUUUUUCCCUAGUCCUGCUGUCUUUCCUCUCUGGUAAUGCUGUGUAAGUGGUGCAAAGUACUUAGGUGUUCACAUUGCCAUUUUGUGGGCCUAAAAAGAGUAACUAUUUCUUCUGUGAUAUCUCACCAGUGUGCAUACUUCUGUGCACUGAAACAUCUCUGUAUGAAAUUCAGGCCAUGACAAUAAAAGUACUGGUCAUUUCCACCCCAUUUUCUCUCAUCCUUCUAUCCUACAUCUUCAUCACCUCCAGGAUUUUGACAAUGUCUUCUGCAAAGGGAACAUACAAGAUCUUUUGCACCAGUUCUUCCCAUCUACUAGUAGUGAUGCUGUACUACGGGAGUGGCAGCCUGAUUUACCUAACACCCAAGUUCAGCUAUCCACAGGACGCUAAAAAAUUGCUGGCUUUAAUGUGCACAACCAUAAGUCCCAUGUUGAAUCCCAUUAUUUAUAGCUUGAGAAAUAAGGAUGUGAAAAGAAUUUUAAGAACAAUGAUGACGAAAGUGAGGAAAGCUCCAGACACAGACAUCUAA